AUGCCGGAACAGCCCAAGACAAGCAGUCCUUCAGCAAACGUUCCGGGGCACGUCUUCAUUGACCAAGGUCCGGAGCCGCGUCGGAGAGACAGAUCCAAGCUGGUCUCUAGCCAAGCACGGCGAUUUCAAAGUGCAGGAAAACGCCAACAGCAAAGACUUUCAGCGCAGCAAGAUGCUGGAUAUGCCCGGAGCUUGGUUGGGUGGAGGUCAACAUCGUCGACACCUCCUGUCGAGAGUCGACGAAAGGAAUCCCCUCUAGAAAGCAAGACACCUGCGGAACAGUCGACUGAGUUGGCCGAGUCAAACACGACACAGAUGAACCUUGCUCUUCGAACAGGACUGCGAGCAGAUCCCUUCAGCGCUUUUCCUGGUACUAAUACAAAGGAGGUCAUGUUCAUGGUUGAUUAUCAUAUCCACGUAUGGGCUCCCCAUAAGGCGGGCAAUUUUGACCAUCUAAUGGGUUACAACACACAACUGGACUUGUGCUGGCCACUUGCGAUUCAAGAUGCUAUGCUGUUUGAUGCGACCGUGGCCGUCAGCCAAACAGCGUGGGCUCUAUCUCAGGGCAACAGUCCAUCGGAGGACAGGUUAAUGCUGUAUCAUCGUGGCUUAGCAAUGACGAGGUUGCGACGAAGAAUAUCUUCCAACGAUGGACCCGAAGAAGCUGUCAUCUUUACGGUAGGCCGUAUGAUCAGCAUUGCAUACAUGUCGAGUGAGGCGGAUGCGUUUAUUGCCCAUUUCGAAGCAUUCCGAAACAUUGCACAACGUUACAUCGACGACCACCCGAACACUGGUGUUGCUCGCGUGGUGGAGAACCGACUAGAGAGCUGGAAAGCCCUACACGACUACCGGAAUCGAACAGUCCUCCUUCGCAAUCACAGCAGCUCAUCGGGACCCAAGAGGAGCGACUCGCAAUCACGACGAAGUACUCCGCCCAGACGCCAUAUGCGCGCACACUCCCCGACGUUGCUCUCUGGUCUAGACCUCUCAGCUGAACUCGCCGCAUUGCUGAAUUCAAUGAAACGGCUGUUGAAUAGACUACAGACAUUGCAGGCUGUUACCAGGCGUAGCAGACGGUCCCUGGAACUUAUUGAGCAGUGCCGUGGAUUUAGCCAAACACUGCAAUCAUGCGACGACCUCAGUCCAACGGAGCUACAGCUGUGCUGUGCGCUUAUUGGAUUUUGUCUACAGCUUCACCGUCGCCAUUUUGGAGAAAUGUCAGAGACAAUAGGGGGAGAAGGGGACCAGUCUGGCUGGUUCGACUUCUUGCCAAGUCCGAAAGACAUUGCCAGUACAUUUAUCAAUCAGCAACUCGAAGGUUUCUCUGAGUCUUCUGAACAGAGAAUGUGCCUGACGUGGUCUGCCAUAGUGCUUGGAAGUUUCCUGCUCCAACGGCAAGACAACCGACUCCGCACAAUGGGCCAUAUCAUCCACGUCAACCUGUGGCUCAACCUCAGCCAGGGUUCCGCCGGCGAGCCCUUUCCGACUUCUGGCAGUAUGUCUCUUGAUGACGGGGCUAGGAGCUGGACCGAGAUCGAAACCUCCCUCAACGGACCCUCGAAAAUGGGCAAUCUCUGGCACACCGAUCUCGUGCUGCAAUGGCGACGAGACUGGGAAGGUUCUGUCAAAAGGCAGAGACGAUGGGAACAGGAGGGGGUCUGGAUGCUCGGCGCACCAAAGAGAAUACUUAAUGAAGAGAGCGGUAGUCCUGGUGGUAAGGGUCAACGGGUGGCGGCGACGAUGAAGGGGACCUCGUAUUCACCGUUCCCCACGUUAUCACUGGCUCGGUCUGGUGAGAUUGACGUUAUUGAGUAUCUGGUAUUGAGGGAGGCGAGGGACUCGUUGCCCAGGAUCGAAUGA